GUGAAGGGUAUGCUUUUGUUUUUGUUCUUGUUGCUUCUUCUGCUUUGUUGGUUGGAUUUCUCUUCCUGUUUAUUGGAUUUGUUGGAUUUAGAAACUGGUUUCAGUGGAUUUGUUCUGUUGAAGGAUUGUGAAUGUUCUGAAUUGUUGGGACUUUAGGAGAAGUGGGAUUUGAUUAGAUUGCUGUUUUUUUUCUAGAUUUCUUUAGUUAGUUAUUGCGGAGAUGGAUAGAAACAGGCAAAAUGAGAAUUUGGGUGUUAACAAAAUGGGGAAGAAUAUUAGGAAGAGUCCAAUACACCAACCAAAUUUUGGUAAUAAUGCUGCUAGGCCUCAACCCCAGCCACAAAUUUACAACAUAAGUAAGAAUGAUUUUAGGAAUAUUGUUCAACAGCUUACAGGCUCACCAUCUCAGGAUCAUCAGCCUCCUCCUAGACCACCACAAAAUCCACCAAAACCCCAAAGUAUGCGGUUGCAGAGAAUAAGACCUCCCCCGUUAACGCCGAUUAAUCGAUCAAAUAUGCCUGCUCCUAUCCCUGCCCCUGUUCCCAUUCCUCCACCACAGACUCUAGUCAAUAACAAUGUGCCUAGACCUCCACCAUUUGCUCAGCCACCUCCAAGACAGUGGCCACCAAUGGCACCAGGAGGAGACUCGAACUGGCCAAACCCUGCUGCCGAGUCUCCUAUUUCGGCCUAUAUGCGUUAUCUUCAAAAUUCAAUGAUGAAUCCAUCUCCAGUAGCAAACCAGGCUCAAUUUGUACCACAACCUCAGAUUCCAGGUCAAAUGCAUCCUCCUCAUGUACCUCCAUCUGGUUUAUUGCCUAAUCCAAAUCCACCUGUUCCUGUUCUUCCAUCCCCAAGAAUAAAUGGUCCUCCACCCCCUGUCCCAAACUUUCCUUCACCGCACUGGAACGGUCCCACCCUUUUACCUUCCCCGACUUCCCAGUUUCUAUUGCCUUCUCCUACUGGCCACUACAAUUUGUUGUCCCCUAAAUCACCGUAUCCAUUACUCUCACCGGGGAUUCAGUUUUCUCCGCCGCUGACUCCUAAUUUCGCAUUUCCAUCCAUGCCUCAAUCAGGGAUCUUAGGUCCAGGGCCUCAUCCACCACCUUCUCCAGGGGUCAUGUUUCCAUUAUCUCCUUCAGGGGUUUUUUCCUUAUUGAGUCCAAGAUGGAGAGAUCAAUAACCCCUCAGAGCGUUUUCCUGUUUUAAAUCUCCAUGCCUGCUGACAUUUUCAUCUACUUGUGAAGAUGGUUACCAAACUCAUGUUGUAAGCUAGCUGCCUGCCCUUUUGCUGUUUUAUAUCUUUCAAUUAGUUUGAUUUUUUCUUAACACUUUAAA